CCCCCCAUUCUCAAAAUAGGGCGGCGCGUUCCUGCUGCAAGAGAAGUGAACGCGCUUGAGGGGCUGCGGUUCCAUUGACUGCUCUGUCUCCUUGACAGCAGCAUCAGCAUCAGCAUCAUCAAGAAGUGUCUGCUCGCCUUGCAGCGACGCAGGCAGGCCAGUAGUCGAGCGCAGACCGCCUCCCUCUCCUCUCCUCUGCUCGGCCGGAACUCGGAUCAUCCCCGUGUGCCAGCGUCCACACCGACCGCCGGAGAAAUGGGCUCCCCGUGAAACAGAGGUGGUGGAGGGGAGAGGCGGGCGCCUGGGUCGGGGGGUGGGGGUUAGAAGCUGCAAGAGGGAAAAGGAGAGGGAAUCACGGCAAUCCGGAACAUUGGCACUACCACAACCGCCGUCGCUGUCACAGCUACUAUCACGCCGCCGCCGCCCUCGCCGCUGCCGUGCCGGGAGACCCCCCCCCCCCUCCCAACCGCCAUGGGAACUCCGCAUCAGUCGCUACUAAAACUGCUUCAUCCGUGGGCAAUGUCGUGAUCCGUGGACUCCGCCAGCGGGUUUUCGUGAUCCGUGAUCCCAAUCGAGGGGAAGAAAGAGGAGGGUGGUGCUGGGCAAGAUGUUCGCCUCAGUAGGCCCUCGGGGUCCACCCGUCGCUCAGGCCAUCCCGGAGCCGGACUUGAGCCACUUGACUGAGGAGGAGAGGAAGAUCAUCAUGGCAGUACUGGCUCGGCAACGGGAGGAAGAAGCAAAGGAGGAGGCCAUGCUAAAAGAAGAGAAGCCUAUCCAAGCAAGAACAGUAAACUUGGUUGGGCAGAAAAAACCACCGCAGCAAAACGAUGUCCGGGGCAUCCAGCAGCAGCUUUCCAGCUACAGGGAGACAGUGAUCAGGCAGGCUACAGCUGCAGCAGGCUCAGCAGUUCACCGAGAUGAUGCCCCAACCUGCGGCAUCUGCCAGAAGACCAAGUUUGCAGAUGGUUGUGGGAACUUGUGUUCGUAUUGCCAGACCAAGUUCUGUGCUCGUUGCGGAGGGAGGGUGUCCCUUCGAUCCAAUACGGAGGACAAAGUGGUCAUCUGGGUUUGUAAUAACUGCCGAAAACAACAAGAGAUACUGACCAAGCCAGGCGAAUGGUUCAUCAGUCCGUCAGGAAAGCCCACUGGUCUCGGUUCAGCCAUCAGUGAGCCAUCUGUGUGCCAAACCACUGGUGAUAAGAAGCUCCGAUCCCACUCCCAAGCCCCUCCCGGCUCCACAACAUCCUUAGACCCCAACACAGCCAGUGCACCUGGGAGCACAGCUGGAACAGACAUCCGGUCACGAAGUGAACCACCAAGAGACACGAGAAAUGGAAGAGGCGCUGGAGGAACUGGUCGGGGAGAGCGCAGGUCAGGCCAGCCCAUGUUGCAGACACAGGUUUCCAUGGACCGAGACCUCCGGGGUGAAUCCAGGGAACACAGGGAAAGCCGACGACUCACAAAAGGACGUUCUUUAGAGAUUGAUACAGUGGGAGGAAGUAGUGGGGUGAAACGGACACAAGAAGGGAGCUCCCAACACAUCGGCCACAGUGGUGCCCCCCCUCGUCAAGCAGGGCCAGUACCUUUUGGAGGCCGGGGCCAUCCUGUACCAGUACAAGGCUGUGCAACUGCAAUGAUGGGGGAGGUGAGGGAUGGUGGAGUGUCCGGACAAAGUACUGUCGGUGGACUGUGUGAACACACCCUUGUGCAACAAGACCACUCCCCUCACCUCAGAGAACCUCUGAGCUCAGGGCCUGGAGCAGCCCCUGCUCAGGGGCCUGUAGUGAGACGAACCAAAAGGAACAAGACUGACAGCAUGUUACGCAAUGAUUCACUCAGCUCAGAUCAAUCAGAGUCCUUGCGUCCACCACCACCCAGACCCUACAAAUCGAAGCGAGGGCUCGGGGCAGGAGGCAAGAGGCAGACCAGUGUCAGCAGCUCAGAGGAGGAGGGUGGGACCACGCCCGAAUACAGUAGUUGUGAAGAUGCUGAGAUCGAAAGUGUUAGCGAGAGAGGUGACUGGGAGUGCUACCCUCAUGACCCCACUGUAUGGCAUCACCCUGUAACCUGGCAACCAUCCAAAGAGGGUGACCAUCUGAUUGGCAGAAUCACCCUCAGUAAGAGGAGCACAACCAUGCCUAAAGAAGCUGGGGCUUUACUGGGAUUGAAGGUGGUCGGAGGUAGAAUAACAGAGUCAGGGAGAUUAGGUGCCUUCAUCACCAAAGUCAAGAAGGGCAGCCUGGCUGAUGUGGUUGGACAUCUGAGAGCAGGGGAUGAAGUUUUGCAGUGGAAUGGGAAACUGUUACCAGGAGCCACCAUGAAGGAAGUUUACAACAUCAUCCUUGAAUCUCAAGCUGAGCCCCAAGUCGAGCUAGUUGUGUCCCGGCCUAUUGGGGUGUAUAGAAAAUAUCAUGAUAUCCCGAGAAUCCCAGACACAUCCCACCCUCCAUUAGAAUCUACAGGUUCGAGUUCAUUCGAGUCCCAGAAGAUGGAGAGACCAUCUGUAAAUCUCUUAUCUCCCAGCAGUCCCAGAAUGAUUCUAGAUGCUCCACAGCUAAUGCCAGGAAAACUUUCUGUGAAGCUGUGGUACGACAAAGCGGGUCACCAGCUAAUUGUCAAUGUGCUUCAGGCCGUAGAGCUCCCUCUACGGCCUGAUGGCCGACCCAGAAGCCCAUACGUUAAAAUGUACUUCCUUCCUGAUCGCAGUGACAAGAGUAAACGCAGGACAAAAGCACUGAAGAAGACCUGCGAACCCAAGUGGAACCAAACGUUCCUCUACACUCAUAUCCAUCGCAGGGAUUUUCGUAACCAUAUGCUGGAGCUGACAGUGUGGGACCAGCCCAGGUCACUGGAGGAGGACAGCAUCUUUAUGGGAGAAAUCCUCAUAGAGCUGGAGACAGCCUUACUGGAUGACAAGCCACACUGGUAUCCCCUCCAAACGCAUGACGUCUCAUCCAUACCGCUCCCCCGACCUUCUCCGUAUCUGCCUCGUCGACACAUACACACGGACAACCCUGCCAGGAAGCUGCAGCGUUCACAGCGCGUAACAGAGCCUGAAUUUGAGGGUACAGCUGUAGUUUCUAAAGCAGAGGGACGUGGCAGGGAGCACCAACGAGAGCCCACGUCCACCCUGGAGGUGCCCGAGCACCAGAGGACGCCGUCACAUCACAUACGUUCUCGCUCAGUAUCCCCCCACCGCGAGGAGCAGGGAUGUAUGCGGUCCCGACCAGCCAAUGUACCUGCACAGAGGAGUCUAGACGAUGAGCUUUCGCACUCUAGGCGUUCUCGUUCUCCGACCCGCUACUAUGACUCUGCAAGAGGUCGCCACAAGGAUCAGGAAUACCUGGAUGACAGUGAGGUCAUCAUGAUCCACCAAUCAAUGCGAGGCAAAAGUGCUGAGUGCAUCCACUUCAGUGAUCUUCAGCCUUCUCUGGACAGGGUUAGGAGUGCUAGCACCAACUGUCUGACUCCAGAUAAUCAUGCCCCCACACCUGAGUUGGAAAGAAAAUCAUUGUACCAUUCCUUGCCAAGGAGACGUCCUACCAGCCCCAGGAUUUGUAUCCAACAUGCUUCCCCUGAAGAUGACAGGCAGACUCAGACUCUCGAUACACCUGAAUGUCAGACACAUGGCAGGAAGCUGUUUGACAGUGGCAGGGGCCAACACCAAGGUGUUACACCUCUUUCCUCUUCAAUGACCUCCUCCUCAUCUCGCAAAGUGCGGCAGCUCCCCCAACUUCCCCCCAAGAGCAACAGUGUAGAACAAGCCUUGGUAGCAGAGGAGCGCGUCCGUCAACUCCAAAUUAGAGUUCAUUCAAACCGGAUGUCAGCUGCCAAUAACUCCAGUCAGCAGGACCUGGAUAUAGCCCUCAAGAACAAACGGGAGCUCUUCAAGGACCACAGGACGAGCUGUGAGAAUGCUUCCCAUAAGUCCUCAGACAGUGAUGUCAGCGAUGUAUCAGCCAUCUCUCGAACCAGCAGUGCCUCUCGGAUCAGUAGCACCAGCUACAUGUCCAUCCAGUCAGAGAGACCCAGAGGACGCUUCAGUCGAGCCAUGCGUGCGACGGGCCGCCACAUGAUGAAGAGCACCAGUGUGAGUGGUGAAAUCUAUGGCAUGGAGCAUGCAGAUGGCAGCCAAUCAGACACCGCCCUCGGGAGCUUGGGAAGUGGGAUCAAAAAGCGUCGCUCAAGCCUCAGCCAACGCGUUGUUUCCAUCCUGCCAUCGAGGCGCAGUCGGAGUACCUCGCAGCUCAGCCAGACAGAGGCGGCUGGUAAGGCGGUGGACAGACAGAAAGAGGCAACAGCAGGUAAGAAGGUGGCUAAGGCUGGCAGCAGCAGUAUCCAAAGGAGCGUAGAGACGGGCAUGGCUGUGGAGUACCCACGGGGAGGGUCAGCGAUGAACCGUCAGGCCAGUAGGGAAUCCACUGACGGCAGCAUGAACAGCUACAGCUCUGAGGGAAAUCUUAUCUUCUCAGGAAUGAGGUUGGGUGCUGACAGUCAGUUCAGUGACUUCCUGGAUGGUUUAGGACCCGGUCAGCUGGUUGGCCGGCAAACACUGGCAACACCUGCAAUGGGUGAUGUUCAAAUUGGUUUGAUGGAUAAGAAAGGACAGUUGGAGGUGGAGGUGAUCAGGGCACGAGGCCUUACCCCCAAACCAGGCUCCAAAUCCCUCCCAGCUCCUUAUGUCAAGGUGUACCUGCUGGAUAAUGGAACUUGUAAAGCCAAAAAGAAAACUAAGAUUGCACGAAAGACCCUGGAGCCUCUGUACCAGCAGCAUCUGCUAUUUGAUGAGAGUCCCCAGGGCAAGGUGCUUCAGGUGAUCGUGUGGGGCGACUAUGGACGAUUGGACCACAAAUGUUUUAUGGGUGUAGCACAGAUCUUACUGGAAGAUUUGGACCUAUCAAGCACGGUGAUUGGAUGGUACAAACUCUUUCCACCAUCCUCGUUGGUCGAUCCCACACUAGCUCCACUCACGCGACUGGCGUCUCAGACAUCAUUGGACAGCUCAGGACCACCCCCAGGUGUUCGGUCCUAGUGACCGCGAUGACGUCAAGCGUCCGAAAUCCCUCCAUCAACAAAAUAGAGAAACAUAGCUAUUGGACCACAGUGGAGCAGAG